AUGUGGUAUUGGUCUCCUGUUACUUGUGCUGAUUCAUGUUACCAUAGGACAACAGUACAAUUACAACCAAUACAUGACCUACCCAAGUGGACAGAACUAUGGGACCCAGUCCUAUGGCACUACCUGCAAUGACCUACAGUGUAAAAUUGAUGAGUGUUGCAUUGAAACCUACCGGUCAGCGCAAUGUGUGGCACUGGCUUUUGAUAGUACGACUAACCAAGCCUUCUGUCCUCGUCUGAAGAAAUGUUUCAGUAAUUCUCACUGCCCAGCCACAUUCUGCUGUGUCCAGUAUCUGGACACUACUUAUGCCAGAACCUGUCCAAACAAUAACGUUUACGGCUCCCAGUACGGCAACGGAUACGGUAACAUCUACAGUAACUCCUAUGGUAACGCCUAUGGCAGCAGUCCCUAUGGCUACGCUUACGACAGCGGAUACGGCGUCGACAUUUCAACCAAAUUACUGGAUUUCCCAGAAGGCUACUGUGUUCCUGGCGCCGCUAACGGUGAAGUUUGCUACAAAGCAGUGCCCGGAUCAUCGAUCACAGGAACAUGUCCUUGCAAGGACUCUGGCAAAGUUUGCAAAAUCACACUUGACCCAUUCCCUAUAGGGAAAUGCGCAUAAUAUUAAAGCGAGAGGACAAAGUCAUAUUGGACAAGAUAAUCCAAAUAAAUGUGAACGAAACAGAAUAUGUGCAAAAUAUUUACAUAAAUAUUAUUGUUGAAAAUAAAC